GUGACUCUGAGUGUGUGUGUUCUCCAGGUGACUCUGAGUGUAUUUGUGUGUUUUGUGCAGGUUUCCACAAAGCAAUGGUGCGUACGAUGACAGCAGCUCUGAAGAUUCCUCACUUUGGUUACUGUGACGAGGUGGACCUGAGCCGCCUGGUGGCCCUCAGGUCUGAGCUCCGCUCCACCGCCGAGGCUCGGGGGGUCAAACUCAGCUACAUGCCCUUCUUCAUCAAGGCUGCCUCGCUCGGCCUCCUGCACUUCCCUGUCCUCAACGCGUCGGUGGACGAAGGCUGCCAGAACAUCACCUACAAGGCGUCCCAUAACAUUGGUCUGGCGAUGGACACUCUCCAGGGUCUGCUGGUUCCCAACGUGAAGAACGUGCAGCUGCUCAGCGUGUUCGACAUCGCCCAGGAGCUGAACCGCCUGCAGGCGCUCGGGGUGGGGGGGCAGCUGGGCACCAGCGAGCUGAGCGGAGGAACCUUCACACUGUCCAACAUCGGCUCUAUCGGAGGAACGUACGCCAAACCGGUCAUUCUUCCUCCUGAGGUCGCCAUCGGAGCUCUGGGGAAAAUACAGGUUCUCCCUCGGUUCGAUGCCAGUGGUUCUGUGGUCCCGGCCCACAUCAUGAAGGUCAGCUGGUCGGCAGAUCACCGCAUCAUCGACGGCGCCACCAUGUGUCGGUUCUCCAACCUGUGGAGGGAGUACCUGGAGAACCCGGCCAGCAUGCUGCUGGACCUCAAAUAGACUUUACCCAUCAGCCCCGGGGCGGACGGAGACGUCACGCUGACACACCUUCGCUCCUCCUCUCUCUACCUUCACUCCGUGUCUCUGUCUGAAGCUCCUCCCCCUUUCUCUCCUCCUCCUCUCCUCUCUCUCCUCUCUGUCUGUCUCUCUCUGAGGCUCCUCCCCUUUUCUUUCCGAGUCUCCGCCCCCUAUAUCUUACCACCUGUCUUAAGCUUCUCCCCCUUUCUUUUCUCCUCUCUCCUCCUGUCUCUGUCUCUCUCUCUCUCGGUCUGUGACUGUCUCUCUCUCUCU